UUUCCCUUUGCAUAGAUGCAGUUGGCUCAGUACAGGCAGAGCUCAGACACAGCAGCUGACACUCACUCGCAACUCCACAGUCUGGAUGUGCGUCGGGCUCCAGCCUUUCAGCCAAGCCACCAGCCAGACAUGGAGGAAGGGAUCCCCAUCUUACAGGACAGGCAGCUGGAACCCAGGGAUUUUCUGGGAAUGGAGUACCCCCACCUGUACCUGUGCAAGCCCAAGCGAGGGAUCAAACGUGAUGAGAUCAAAGAGACCUACAAACUGCCUCACCGGCUGAUCGAGAAGAAGAGGAGAGACAGGAUUAAUGAAUGUAUCGCUCAGCUGAAGGAUCUCCUUCCUGAACAUCUCAAACUGACAACUUUGGGCCACUUGGAAAAAGCUGUCGUUUUGGAGUUAACUCUGAAACACUUGAAAGGUCUGACGUCUCUGACCGAGCAGCAGCAUCAGAAAAUCAUCUCUUUGCAGAACGGGGAAUGCUCUCUGAAGUCCCCCAUACAGACGGAUUUGGACGCUUUCCAUUCUGGAUUCCAGACCUGUGCCAAAGAGGUCCUGCAGUACUUGUCCCGUUUUGAAAGCUGGACCUCUAGAGACCAAAGAUGCACCCAGCUCCUGAACCAUCUGCACACCGUGUCCAGCCAGAUCCUCUCCAGCUCACAGCUUCUGCUUCAGUCUGUUCCCAGCAGCAAAGGGCCCCCUGCCUCCCCUGGGCGCAGGGUGGAAAAAGCAGAGAAACAGACAAACUGUGUUCCCGUCAUACAGAGGACACACAACCUGGAGUUAAAUGAGAAUGACACAGACACUGACAGUGGCUAUGGAGGUGAAGGGGAGAAGGUGGAGGUCAGGGCCAAUGGACAAAGUAGCAGUGGGGUGAAUAACCAAGGAAGUAACAAUCUGACCAUCAAACAAGAGCCAACAGAGGAGCCUUUGCCCAAAAGGUUUAAGCCAGAGUUUUCUGGUAGGGGUGUGACGGCCCCCGAUGCUGAGCCAGCCAUUAGACCAGAUGCUGCUCUGCUGAACUCUCUGAUGGGGUUUGGGGGUGCCCCUUUUGGACAGCAGGCACCUUUUUGUUUGCCCUUUUACUUCAUCUCACCCUCAGCAGCUGCUGCGGCUGCCUACAUGCCCUUCUUAGACAAAGGCAGUUUGGAGAAAUACCUGUACCCGGCAUCAGCAGCAACCCCCAUCCCAUUACUGUACCCAGGGAUCCCAGGCCAGGCAUCAGGCACAUUCCCAUGUUUGUCUUCUGUGCUGUCUCCUGAGAAGAUGGCUGGAUGUUCUUCUGCCCUGUUACCAGAGCUCCCUUCAUCUCCCUUCCAAACUGGACCUGCUGUUGACAGGGGGCUGACCGAGGAGCUACAGGAACCUUUGGAAGACCUUUUGCCACCUUCCAAGGAAAACUGACAGCUGGAUAGUACCCCAAACACUGAAACUAAAACAAAACACAAUCGACUAAGGAAGCCUCAUAUUAUGUAGCAGGUUCUGGUAUUAAUGUAUAAAUGGAUCAACAUUAGGGUUUUAUACAGAUGGUAUUGUAACCCAUGUAUUUAAGCCUUCAAAUGAAUCGCGGGAUAACGUGCCUCGUGUUCUAUCAGUGAAUGUUGCAGUGACUAUAGAGUUAGCCAUGGUUAUCCCAUUGACGUGGGUAUCCCAAAGAUGUAACCAUGGAUAUCCAACCGAGCAAGCCAUGGGUAGCCCAUAUUGCAACUCCAAAACUCCUACUGCCCAGAAAUAUUGUUCAGGUUCAUUGCCAUUAAAGCUAAAUGAGUGUUCCAUAUUAAGCUAGACAGAGGUGUUAUAGAAAACUGUUUCUAUGUUUGAGCAUGUCUUCUUAAUUCUUAAAGGGCAAGUAGAUCUAAGAUUAAAUUUCAGGUUUCUUCAUUAGAAUUGGGCCAUAGCUAGCAUGGGUUACUAUAUUGCCUACCUGACCAGCAGCCUUUUGCUAGUCUCACCGGUGCUGUCCGUUUCACCAUGCACCUGGGUGGUGGGAUGAUUUAAGUUUUAUUUCAACAGCAUCUUGAGGGCCAGAACUAGGUGGCCAAUGGCUGGGUGUGUCUCAUUGGCAUAGGUUUUUAUAACUCCCCAGAAACCUUUCUUCUCAUUAGUAUUCAGGUACUUUUUUCCGGCUUGGCAGUAGGAUAAGUGGAAGGUGCCAGGUGAUACUGUAGUAUAAUCUUGUUACAUAAGAGGUGAAAUUGUGCUUGGUUUGGCACCGCCAUGCAUUUCUACUGACUCCUCUCUGUUCUCUCGCCCAAAUGAGUUCACUGCACCACAAUUAUGUAAUUGGUAGGCAGACUGUGGAUUGAAGGCACCGAGUACAGGAGACCAGAAUGUUGUGCUGUAAGAGAAUAUAUUCAGUGUUCUUCCAGCUUGUCAGCCUAGAAUUAACCGUGUCCCUUUCUAGUCUCAGGUUGCCUGUACUACCGGAGAAUAGUAGCUUAAUAACUACCAUCUCUAUCUAAUUUUAAUGUUGGUCCUUUAGGCAGCGGUAUCAGUCAAGUCGAGUCGCGUUUGCUGCCGUUUCAGCCCAGGACGGUAUUUUUAUUUGAUUUUUGCUGUAAAACAAUGCCUGUUUUAUGAAUCUACCAAUCUAAAAAUAUCUCCAUUUGCAAGGUAAAAAAAAAAUGAUGAUGAUUACAUUAAAAAAAAAC